AUGAUUGAGAUUCCCGAGGAUGAAGACGACGAGGAAGAAGAGCUUCAGGAAGGAGGCUACAAGACGACAAAGGAUGCUGUUCUCUUUGCCAUCGAUGUCAGCGAGAGUAUGCUCGCAAAACCGUCCGAAGCAGACCCAAAGAAGCCAGACACGGGAUUGUCUCCAACAGUGGCCGCGUUGAAAUGUGCAUAUUCGUUGAUGCAACAACGGAUCAUCAGCAACCCCAGUGACAUGAUGGGCAUCCUGCUGUUCGGUACAGAGAAGAGCAAAUUUCAAGAGGGCGACGAGAAGACUGGCAGUGGAGCCUUGCAAUAUCCGCAUUGCUACCUGCUCACGGAUCUGGACGUGCCCGCGGCCGCCGAUGUGAAGCUGUUGCGAGAUCUGGUCGACGACGAAGAGGAGUCCGCCGCUAUCUUGCAAGCGAGUCCUGAAGAAGUCAGCAUGGCCAAUGUCUUGUUUUGCGCAAAUCAAGUCUUCACCACAAAAGCGCCCAACUUCAAUUCGAGACGGCUCUUCAUAGUCACGGACAACGACUACCCGCAUCCCAACAGCCGAGAUUCAAGGAACAGCGCUGCCGUGCGUGCGAAGGAUUUGUACGAUUUGGGGGUCACCAUCGAAUUGUUCCCCAUAUCUCACCCAGAUCGUGACUAUACAUUCGACCGCAGCAAGUUCUACAAUGAUAUCGUUUACUCUUCUACUCCCGCCGAUCCCGACGCACCCGCACCUCUCACAGCAGACAUCAAAGCCGCCAGCUCCACGGCAAAAGACGGUAUCUCUCUCCUGCAAUCACUCAUAUCGUCAGUCAACUCUCGGUCCGCCCCUCGACGAGCUCUGUUUAGCUCGGUACCCCUCGAGAUUGGCCCUGGCUUUCGCAUUGGUAUCAAGGGAUUCCUCAUUCUCAAGCGUCAGGUCCCGAAACGCAGCACAUAUGUAUACGUUCCUCCCGACAGCGAGAAAGCCCAGCUUGCCGUAGGCAGCAGUACUCUCGUCGCCGAAGAUACCGCCCGCACCGUCGAGAAGAUCGAGAUCCGACGAGCAUUCAAAUUCGGCGGCGAGACCGUCUCAUUCACCGACGAAGAGCUCGCCGCCAUUCAAAAUUAUGGCGAUCCCAUCAUCCGGAUCAUUGGAUUCAAGGACUUGGAACUUCUGCCUGCUUGGGCCGCAAUCAAAGAGUCUACCUUCCUCUACCCGUCCGAAGACUCCUUCAUCGGCUCCACUCGCGUUUUCUCCGCCCUCCACCAAACCCUCCUCCGCAAGCGGUACUUUGCUCUAGCAUGGUACAUUCCUCGCCGCAACGCUAAACCACGUCUCGUCGGCCUCCUACCCGGCGCCGAAGAACGCAACGCCUCAGGCGAUCAAGACAUGCCUCCCGGGCUCUGGGUGCGACCCCUGCCCUUCGCCGAUGAUAUCCGCUCCGCACCUGAGACCAGUCUCGUCCGCGCUCCAGACAACGUCGUCGACAAAAUGCGCACUGUGCUACAGAACCUCCAACUUCCCGGCGCGGUGUACGAUCCAAAGAAAUACCCCAACCCAUCUCUGCAGUGGUUCUUCCGCAUUCUUCAGGCCCUGGCCCUGGAAGAAGACUUGCCUGAACUGCCCGAGGACAAGACAUUACCGAGAUGGAAGCAGAUCCACAAGCGCGUGGGAGGGUACGUGGUGGAAUGGGGUGCGGAACUCGACGCUGCGUUUGCAGAGUGGGAGGCGGCGAACAAAGCCAACAUUCACCCUACCGCGACGGGCGACGAGGAUGACGAUGAGCCUGGGAUUGAUGACGCGAUGAUGAAGAAGGCGUAUGAGAAGGACCAGUUGACGAAGUUCAAGGUUACGGAGCUCAAGGACUGGUGUGCAUUGAAGGGCAUCAAGGGAAAGACGAAGAAGGCGGAUCUAGUGGAUGCCGUGAUCGGAUACUUUGAGACGAAGAUGGAACUCGAUUGA